GAGGAGCCAGGAGGAAGGGGCGGGCAGUUGGGCGGUGCUGUCUCUCAGUCGCUGCAGUGGCCACAGGCAAGGAGGGCGCAGGAUCCAGAGGCAGCAAGAUCAUGGCCGCCUGGGAUGAAAAGGCGGUCAGCCGCAGGGUCAAGGUGACCCCUGCCGAGAGGAUGAGCAAGUUCCUGAGGCACUUCACUGUGGUCGGGGACGACUACCACUCGUGGAACAUUAACUACAAGAAGUGGGAGAACGAGGAGGACGAGGAUGAGGAGCAGCCGCCUGCUACGCCAGCAUCGGGCGAAGAGGGCACUGCUGCCCCCACUGCUGACCCCGAGGCCGCCCCCAGCCCAGCGCCCCGGCCCCCUCUGGACGUCAGGAGCUGGCUGAGGAAGCUCUUCAGUUCCCACAGGUUUCAGGUCAUCAUCAUCUGCCUCGUGGUCCUGGAUGCCCUUCUGGUACUCGCCGAGCUCAUUUUGGACCUGAAGAUCAUCCAGCCCGACCAGAACAACUACGCUGCCAGGGUGUUCCACUACAUGAGCGUCGCCAUCUUGGUCUUUUUUAUGAUGGAAAUUUUCUUGAAGAUAUUUGUCUUCCGCCUGGAGUUCUUUCAUCACAAGUUUGAAAUCCUGGAUGCCGUCGUGGUGGUAGUCUCCUUCAUUCUUGACAUUGUCCUCCUGUUCCGGGAACAUGAGUUUGAGGCCCUUGGUCUGCUGAUUCUGCUCCGGCUCUGGAGGGUGGCCCGAAUCAUCAAUGGGAUAAUCAUCUCAGUGAAGACCCGUUCCGAACGGAAACUCUUACGGUUGAAACAAAUGAAUAUUCAACUGGCCGCCAAGGUCCAACACCUUGAAUUCAGCUGCUCGGAGAAGGAACAGGAAAUUGAAAGACUUAACAAGCUCUUGAGAGAACACGGACUUCUUGGUGAGGUGAACUAGACGGGGACAACCUGCCUGAGAGAGAGAGAGAGAUGUUGUACCGGGGCUCUGCUGGUACCCAAGUGCUGACCGCUGUACCCGGGGCCAUGGCAGAGGUGUGCCUCGGUGCCUUUGCCUCACUCCUGCCCAACACGGAUCCAGGGAUGGACACAGGCUCUGGGCAGGCUCGGCGUCUGUCCAGGGUGGUCCAGAGCUGCCCGGCUCGUCCCUAUGCCACUGUGACAAUUGCAUCAUCAACUCCAGCUCAGUGUGAACAUUUGUGCUUGCAAAUGAACAAAGUGGACGCUCCUGAGCUGUAUAUACAAUUUAACAGUCUCCAGCGCUCCCGUGUACACGGAAGAACCGGGGUGGGGGCACCCUGAAAAAGAACGUAGCUGCCUUAGCUCCCGGCCUGACAGGGAGUAGCUUUUUUUAUUGUGAAACUGUUCUAAACAGCUGCUCUCAGCCCAGUUCCCCUGCCCCGCCCCACCCCUCCCCCCAGGGGAGCUGCUCCCCUGCCCCUCCCCUGCAGUACCCAGCUGCACAUCCGGAUUCUAGCUGCCACCACCUCAUCCUGCCACCUGACAACCGUUUUCUCAAUUACUGUACAAUUAAUGUAUAAAAUAAACGUCCUCCCUCCCCUGA